AUCAUCGAACUUCCAUCCACCUCUUUUCUCACUUCUCCCCUAUCCCUCACAGAUUCAUGUGAACCUUGAUGUGGUAGUAGAGAGCUAUACUCCUAUCACCUGUAUCAAUUUAACAGAAACAGAGAGUAAAUUUGAAAGAGACAAAGGAGGAGAUCAUCAAUAUGGCCGACCCCGAGGUUCAUCAUCUCUUCCACCGCCCCAUUGCCGACCAUUCGUUCUCGGCCGAUCGGAAGACUUUGGCUGUAGCUAAGGACUCUACAAUCGAGCUUUAUGGCAGAGUUGGCAAUUCCUUCAAGCUGAAAGAUGAACUAAAAGGCCAUGACAAAACUAUCACCAGCGUCGAUAUCGCUCCGGGUAGUGGUCGAAUCGUUACCUGUUCUCAAGACCGGAACGCCUUGGUCUGGGAGCCUUCCCCUUCAGGCUAUAAGCCUACUCUGGUGCUCCUUAGAAUUGCUCGGGCCGCCACGUUCGUUCGUUGGUCUCCAUCCGAGACCAAGUUCGCUGUGGGGUCUGGCGAUAGGGUCAUCGCGAUCUGUUAUUUCGAAGAAGAGAACGACUGGUGGGUCUCCAAGCAUCUCAAAAAGCCCAUCCGGAGCACCAUCACCACCGUCAACUGGCAUCCUAACUCGGUCUUGCUCGCUGCCGGCUCUACCGACGCCCACGCAAGAGUCUUCUCAAGCUUCAUCAAGGGGGUUGACGCUCGUCCAGAGCCUAGUGUUUGGGGUGAGCGCCUGCCCUUCAACACCGUCUGUGGUGAAUUUCUUAACAAUUCCGCGGGAUGGGUUCAUUCUGUCGCUUUCUCUCCAAGUGGCGACGCCCUCGCCUUCACUGCCCAUGACAGCAGCAUUACUAUCGUUUACCCGACCGCCCCUGAGCAGCCUCCGAGGGCUGUCAUUAGCGUCAAUACUCAACUCCUACCUUUCAUGAGCCUGAUUUGGAAUGGUGAAAGUGAGAUAAUCGCAGCUGGAUACGACUGCGAGGCCUUCAGAUUCAGAGGCGAUGCAUCUGGUUGGCAGCUAAGCGGUACGCUGGAAUCCAAGGGGAGACCUGGUUCGGGAGAUGCUCGAGAAGAAUCUGCCUUGAAUAUGUUCCGGCAGAUGGACUUGAAAGGCAAGGUCAAAGAUGACACUCAGCUAAAGACCGUCCAUCAGAAUACUAUCUCGACAGUACGUGUUUACGAGUCCAACGGCGCGCAAGUCACAAAAUUUAGCACGAGCGGUGUUGACGGUAGGAUUGUUAUCUGGCACGUGUAGGUUAAAGGAUAGUACCUAGGUAAACACGACGAUCAACUUAGCAUAUCUUAGCAUACUCUGUAUUUUUUUGGUCCACAUUACCAAAAGUUUCUCUAUGCUUCUGUUCUUGCAAUCUACCUAAAUAAUCCCUUAUUUGUAUAAGCCUCUAGAAAUUUGCGACCUAUACCUUUUCCAUCGUCUACGUGCCUGGCAUAUUAUUAAUAUGAACACAACACUCCCCUCUCCAAUUGUGCUCCUUGCCUAGUAGAUUACUUGCUCCUGGAAUCUAACCAUGUAGAAAUUCGUAAAAUCACUUAGCCAUUUCAUCUAUCGGAGUCGAUAUUCCCCUUCUCGUCCGGCCAAAGUAGAGCAUGAUUCUAAAAAUGGGAACAGUACCGGAGCAGGUGCCGACAUCAAAAAUAAUAGAAGUACACAUGGUAGCGAUUCCUGUUCCAUCCCGCCCUCGACAAAUAUCGCUUCUCAAGAACACCAGCAGCAUCUGCAACAUGAUCUAUGCCGGCUCUCAGCGUGACAGGUUAGAUGUCCUAAACGUCGAAGAGUAGCAUGACACAUUCUGGGGUUCUGAUUGGAUACUCUACGAUUAGAACAUCAGAUGAAUAUUCAAGAUA